UCAACGUCCAACAGGGUUGACGUCGUUAAGCAUUCUGAUGGGUCGCAAGUCGGAUGUUAUGAACAACAGGAUAUAGCCUUCCAUUAAACAAAAACAUCGCAACAAGUAUCGUGGAUAUUGGAUCGACGUCUCACCACUUUUUAUCAGACGCCAUGCGGAAGGGUAUGCAGGACUGUAACGGUGGCACGGAGCUUCACCCCUUAGACACGAAAACGGACAACUCCGAGGUUAAAAUGAUUCAGAAUAACAACAGACUCUUACACGGCGGACCGGCAGAAAAUGGCGGACCAAAAGUGCGCGUUCAGAAACAUAAAACAUUCACUCGACGGCGGACGAAGAUGGAACUUUAUCUCAUCGCGUUGUGCGUGCUGCUGUUUUUAGCGUGUGUUAGUUUCAUCAUCAUAGCAUUUACACGGGAUCAGCAAAACAGAUCACAAGGUGCUUCGUCCGAUAUUUGUUUAACAGAGCAUUGUGUAAGAACAGCUGCACAACUCAUGGAUGCCAUGGACCCGACGGCCGACCCGUGUGACAAUUUCUUUCAGUAUGCGUGCGGAGGAUGGAAUAGAAAAAAUGUCGUCCCCGAGGAUAAGUCCAGUUUUAACACGUUUGAAAAGUUACACGAUGAUCUUCAGGUUACAUUGAAAGCUUUAUUAGAAGAGCCGAAAAUCAAAUUUGAUUCGGAUGCAACAUAUAAAGCCAAGAUCUUGUAUGCUUCAUGUAUUAAUAACACACAGAUUGAAGAGAUCGGUGAUCAGCCAUUAAAGGAUGUCCUGCUAAGCGUUGGAGGGUGGCCCGUAGUGCAGGGUGAUUGGGACGAAUCCAAGUUUCACCUUGAGGCGAUGCUGACGAAACUGAGGAAGGAAUAUAACGCGCCGAUAUUUAUCGAGUCGUUUGUCGCGGCCGAUGACAAGAAUUCCACUGUUCGCAUUCUCCAAAUAGACCAAGCUGGGCUCGGUUUUCCAAGCCGUGAUUACUUCUUGGAGACGAAGCGGUCUGAUCAUGUCGAGGCUUAUGUAAAAUAUAUGACGAGUGUCGCGGUGCUGCUGGGAGCGGACAAAGCCAGGGCCGACAGGGAAUUUGCCGAGAUGUUGAAAUUCGAGACGGAACUUGCCAACAUCACCAUGACACAGACUGAAAAACAAGAUACUGGGGCCCUCUAUAUGAAGAUGACAUUAAGAGAACUGCAGCAGAAGGUCCCGGAGAUCCAAUGGCUCUACUACUUCAAUGGCUUAGUCGAGGAAGAACUCGAUGAAAAUGAGAAAGUCGUCCUCUUUGCGCUGAAGUAUUUCAAGAAGUUGGGAAAACUCCUGAAGUCCACACCAAAAAGGACUUUAGCCAACUACCUGCUCUGGCGAGUGACCAUGGGUUUUGCCCCUGAGCUCACGGAACCAUACCAGCUCGUUAAGAACCAGUACAUAAAAGUCCUACAGGGUGUAUCUAGGGACAAAGUUCGCUGGCAGAAAUGCGUUGAAUUCGUCAACGAGAGAAUGGGGAUGGCCGUCGGUGCGAUGUUCCUCCGAGAUAACUUCAAGAAGGAGAGCAAGGUCGUUGCCUUGGAGAUGAUCAGCGACAUUAGGGACGCUUUCAAUGAAAUCCUCUUUGAAGCCGAUUGGAUGGAUGAUGAAACCAAGAUGGUUGCUAAGGAAAAGGCUGAUGCUAUGAAUGAGAGAAUCGGUUACCCGGACUUUAUCACAGAUCCCGUCGAGCUUGACAAGACAUAUGAAAAGCUUAGUGUGGAGGUUGAUCAUUACUUCAAGAACAUCCUCGCCGUUGAGAAAUACGACGCUGAGCGGAACACUGCCAAGUUGAGGAAGCCUGUGGAAAAAGGAAAAUGGGAACAAGACCCAGCCGUCGUAAACGCCUUCUACAACCCCAAUGCAAAUGACAUCAUGUUCCCUGCAGGGAUCCUCCAGCCCUUGUUCUACAGCCAGUACUUCCCCAAGUCGUUGAAUUACGGUGGGAUAGGCGUUGUGAUCGGGCAUGAGAUUACGCAUGGUUUUGAUGACAAAGGGCGACAGUAUGACAAAAACGGCAACCUCCGUCAGUGGUGGAACAACGAAACGAUCGAAGCAUUUAGAAAGAGGGCCGAGUGCAUCGUUGAUCAGUACUCUCAGUUCACCAUAGAGCCAUUUGGUUUAAAGAUGAAUGGACGCAUUACGCAGGGAGAAAACAUUGCUGAUAAUGGUGGUCUUAAAGAAGCAUUCAGGGCGUAUAAAAAGUGGGUUAGUUUACACGGGAUGGAGCCCUUACUACCUGGAAUCAAGUUGUCUCAUAAUCAACUAUUCUUUCUAAACUAUGCACAGAUCUGGUGUGGAAAUAUGCGAGGACAGGAGGCCCUCCAUAAGAUCAGGACGUCUGUUCACAGUCCAGGACAAUUGAGGGCGAUCGGCCCGUUAUCCAAUUCUGACGAGUUUGCCGAUGCCUACAGCUGCCCCAAGGGUAGUAAGAUGAAUCCAGUCAGGAAGUGUUCAGUUUGGUAAACGAUUUGAGCAGGAUUGCGAUUGCAGGUUAUUUCCAUGACAUAACUAAUGGUGGAGUGUCUUCAGGCUGGUUGGCCCAAUCCAGAAGGUGGACUGAAUUCAGGGAAGGUGUCAAAGUUGCUAGCAGAACAUGGUUAUCCGGGUGGUCUGUCAGACUCUAUCAUGAGUAUAUACAAUGUACAGCAAAACUGCCAAAUUUUUGCGAGCGUUUUAUUUUUCAUGAAUUUUGCAAAUAACUGAGAUUUCCAAAAAAAUUGCGAAAAUGUAUUUUUUGAUUAGAAAAAGUGAAAGAACAUUUGUAGCAGCCAAAAUAAAAAUUGUAAAAAUUUGAUUUUGACAGAAAUUUUCGGAAAUUGAAAAGGAAUUUUUGCAGCUUACAGUACAGUAGAACCUCUCUUUAAAGGACACCCAUCGGUACUAGCAAGUGCUGUCCUUUAUAGAGAGGUGUCCUGAUGAGAGAGGUCCAAUUGAAUUGAAACAACCAAUUUGGGACCAUCACUAGUGUCCUUACUAGAGAGGUUGUCCUUAAUAUAGAGGUGUCCACUAAAGGAGGUUCACUAGUACUUCGUUUUCCAAAUUUAAUUUGUUUUCCCAAACAGGCGAGGGUUUGCCAAUUUGAGACAAAUUAAAAGGUAAACAUGUCUGUUAUUGCCCCGUUAAUGGGAAAGGCCCCCUACUCCAUUUAAUAAUCAUAAUCAUAAUUUAAUAACGGUUACAUUGAAUAGGACAGAGGCAAUAAUCACAAUGUAAAUAAAUUGGAUUAUCAUAAUUAAAAACUGGUCUAGUCGGUGUAUUUAUAUGACGGCAGUCUUGUCCAUCAUCGAUUAGAAAAAUAUUUUGUAUCUGACUCAGCAGGCAUUGAUGAAUCAUAGGCUAAAGGUGAUCCUAAACAGCAUCCAGCCAUUCAAAAUCUUCAUAGGAGGAUAAUACCACUUCUUGCCACCAUGCACCGCCACUAGUAGUAUCAUACUACUGUAACUUCAACAUGUUAUCAGUUGCACCCCCCCCCCCCCCCCCCUACAAAAAAAGCUUUAUGGUAAUGACAUGAACACUAUGAAGUCAGUAUAAAAUAUCAAGUGCCUAUAUUCACGUUAUCAAGCACAAAUAUAUUGUGGGUCAUGUAUGUGUCGUGAUUAUUAUGACUGUGUUGUAGUACUUAUAUUUAUAAUACAAUAUAGCUUAAAGGCCUAUGCCAAUCGUUAAAAAUUUGAAAUUGAAUCUGAAAAUUUUGAAUUGUGUAGAAUGUCAAUUUCAACAUUGUCGUUGUGAAACCUGGCAUACAAAUACUGUAAGAAAAAUAUAAUGAAUGGGAAUGCCUUUAACAUGAUAUGCCUUUUUUAAUCAAAAUGCACCGUCAAACAAAAAUCUUCGAAAUAUUAAUAAUAUAUAUUACUUUAUUGGUGUUAAUAGCAGGUGUUUUUUUUGAUUCGGUUGCUAAAAAUUAUAUUAGGGACUGUUUAAGAGUGCUUCUCAUUUUCUGUUUUGACUGUCACAGAGUUUAUGUGUAGUCAAUGACAAUACUGGAAUGAGUCGAAAAGUGUACCAGUUAUGAGACGGUAGAAUGUUUUUGUUCAUUUUUGGAUGCAUCCCUGAAUCGUCUUGGAACCUCUGUUGCUCUGUAUUAGUGCGGUAUUGAGGCUUUGACCUUUAUCAUUUCUGUUACAUUUUGAAAAGAUAAGAUGUAAAAUUAGAGUUUUGAGGAUAUUGUUAUAAA